UUGCUUGUAGGAUCCUGCUGAAAGGGGACAAUAUCACCUUGAUGAUGAACACUUAAGAGAGGGCUCAUUUCUUGGAUAUCACAAGCCCUCAUAUUUAUUUCCGCAUUGCCAUGGCUUCCACGGUUUCCUUUUCUCCGAGCCCCCGAGCUCAGUUCCAGCCCUCCUGGAUAAAGAGGAACACAAAACCCACACUAAAGCCACCAAAAAAUCUCAACUUUCUUUUUAUUUCAACCUCUAACUUCCCGGACUUCACACAACACCCUUCUAUCUGUUCUUCUUUUCCGCACAACCUUCGUCUGCCUUCCCUUAACACGUCGAUUUCGGUUCACGCGCCACCUUUGUCCGACUCGACAGAGGACAAUAUAGUCGAAGACCUGGAGGAUUUAUCAAAUUUGCAGACUAUUGUAAAUGGGUUCAACCAGGCAGACCCAAAGGAAUUCUAUAAACUUUCACCAAAUGGUGUAAAUCAGAUUGGGACCAAUGAAUCGAUUCGGAGAGUAUUUAUUCAGGACCCACCUUGGAUAACUUCACUAUUCAUGAAUAAUUUGUACAAGAGGGCGAAGACUGAGGCUCAAGAAGGUGAUAAGAAGAGGUAUUAUGUGCUGAGGAGGAGACAAAUUAGGGCAGAGACCGAGGCUUGGGAGAAGAUGGUGGAGGAAUACAAGGAGUUAGAUAGAGAGAUGUGUGAGAAGAAGCUGGCGCCUAAUUUGCCAUAUGUGAAAAAGUUGUUUUUGGGUUGGUUUGAGCCAUUAAGAGAGGCAAUUUCCAAAGACCAAAGCGCAGUUCGAUCAAAGAAGCAGAAAGCUGCAUUUUCGCCUCAUAUAGAUUCGUUGUCCGCUGAUAAGAUUGCAGUGAUUGUUAUGCAUAAAGUGAUGGCUUUGUUAAUGAUGGGACAUGAAGAUAGAUGUGUUCGCGUAGUUCAAGUUGCCGUUCAGAUAGGCAUGGCAAUUGAGCAAGAGGUUAGAAUACAUAGUUUCUUGAAGAAAUCGUUAGCUAGCCAACAAAAGAAGUUUGUUUCUCAAAACCCAGAAGACGUAAAUAAGGAUGCUGUGAUACUCAAGAAACGUGUUAAAAAUUUGAUCAAAAGGAAGAAGACAAUUGAGGUGCAAAAGCUGGUGAAAGAUGAAGAAGUCAAGCCUUGGGGACGUGAUACACAAGCUAAGCUUGGUUGCCGUCUGAUAGAGCUAUUGACAGAGACUGCUUAUGUGCAACCUCCAAUUGAUCAGUUAGCAGAUAGCCCACCUGAUAUUCGACCUGCUUUCAGACACUUGUUUAAGAUUUCAAACAAUAUCGGGCAAAAAAUUGUGAAGCGAUAUGGAGUUAUAGAGUGCGAUCCUCUUGUCCUCCAAGGGCUUGAUAGAACUGCUAGGCAUAUGAUCAUCCCUUAUGUGCCAAUGCUGGUACCACCAAGAAAGUGGAAAGGGUAUGACAAAGGUGGCUACCUGUUCUUGCCAUCUUAUUUAAUGCGGACUCAUGGUUCAAGGCAGCAACAAGAAGCUGUUAAACGAACGCCUCCAAAACAAAUGCACAAAGUAUACGAGGCCUUGGAUACACUAGGAAGCACCAAAUGGAAGAUCAACAGAAGAGUUCUAAAUGUAGUGGAGGACAUCUGGGCUGGCGGUGGUAACAUUGCUGGCCUUAUUGAUCGCCGCGAUGUCCCAAUACCUGAUAAGCCUAUCUCAGAGGAUCCAAUGGAAAUCAGAAGAUGGAAAUGGAGUGUGAAAAAGGCAAAGAAAAUUAAUCAAGAAAUGCAUGGUCAACGAUGCGACACUGAACUUAAGCUCUCCGUGGCUCGAAGAAUGAGAGACGAGGAAGGGUUUUAUUAUCCGCACAAUCUUGAUUUCAGAGGCCGGGCUUAUCCUAUGCAUCCUCAUUUGAACCAUCUCAGUUCUGACCUAUGUAGAGGAGUUCUUGAAUUUGCAGAAGGACGACCACUGGGAAAGUCCGGUAUACACUGGCUGAAAAUACAUUUAGCAAAUCUCUACGCGGGUGGUAUAGAAAAGCUGUCGUACAAUGAACGUCUCUCAUUUGUGGAAAACCAUUUGGAUGAUGUGUUAGAUUCGGCAGCAAAUCCUCUCAAUGGAAAUCGAUGGUGGUUAGAUGCUGAAGACCCUUUUCAGUGUUUAGCAGCAUGUAUUAAUUUAUCAGAAGCUUUGAAGAGCCCAUCACCGCGAACCGUCAUCUCUCAUCUUCCCAUUCAUCAGGACGGUUCAUGCAACGGACUACAACAUUAUGCUGCUCUGGGAAGAAACUAUUUCGAAGCAUCUGCGGUAAAUCUAGUUGCUGGAGAGAAACCUGCAGAUGUUUACUCUGAAAUUGCUUCUAGGGUUCAUUCUAUUAUGGAUAAAGACAGCCAAAAGGACCCUGACAGCUACCCAAAUGCUGUGUUGGCCAAGCUUUUAACCGGUCAGGUGGAUAGGAAACUCGUAAAACAGACGGUGAUGACUUCGGUUUAUGGUGUUACGUACGUUGGGGCACGAGAACAGAUCAAAAGAAGAUUACAGGAGAAAGGUCAUAUUACAGACGAUUCCUUGCUGUUUAAGGCAGCCUGUUAUGCUGCUAAGGUAACAAUGGCAGCACUAGGAGAGAUAUUUGAAGCUGCUCGUGAUAUAAUGGCUUGGCUUAGUGACUGUGCAAAGAUUAUUGCUUCAGAGAAUCAUCCUGUUCAGUGGAUAACUCCACUAGGCUUACCUGUUGUUCAACCUUAUUUCAAGAAUGAGCGCCAUGUUAUAAGAACCUCCCUUCAGGUGUUGGCGUUACAGAGAGAGGGGAAUCAGGUGGAAGUUAGGAAACAAAGAACAGCAUUUCCUCCUAAUUUUGUCCAUUCACUGGAUGGAUCGCACAUGAUGAUGACUGCUGUUGCCUGUAGAGAUGCCGGGCUACGAUUUGCAGGAGUGCAUGAUUCGUUCUGGACGCAUGCAUGUGACGUGGACAGAAUGAAUAAGAUUCUAAGAGAAAAAUUCGUCGAGCUCUAUGACCAGCCAAUACUCGAAAACUUGCUCGAGUACUUCCAGACGUCAUACCCCACCUUGACGUUUCCACCUCUUCCGGAUCGAGGCGAUUUUGAUUUACGAUCUGUUCUCGAGUCUCCAUACUUCUUCAACUGAAUUAUCAAAACACAUCUUAGCAACAAUGUUUGCCACUUGUUCAACCGCGACAUUCUUGACACUCUUGAACAGAGUCUUCGAGCUGUGUUCCGGAAAGAACCCUAGAACGAAUCAGUUCCUCGCGACUUCUGUUUCGAUUCAUGGCGUGGGUGUGAAGAUCUAGGGAGAGGAAUCAUAUGAUCUAGUUGCUGAUCACUAAUGGGUGGUGGGGAUUAAAGAUGAAGACAUUGUAUAGGAUAUAUCAUAUAUGUAGUUGUUGCAAGUGUUUGUGGUGGUAGUGUAUAAUAACAACAAAAUAUGGAUGGAGGAGUCUUUUGUAAAUACAAUUUUGAGAUAUAAUUUAAUUCAUCAUUUCUUUUAA